UCGCUAUGUUGCUUCACCAUACGAAGCCAUAGAGGAAAACAGAGACUAAAAAUAUCCAGGAAGAACAUUUAUUCAAGGUGCAAAGGAGGGACAUUCGUAACCAGGAGAUAAAGAGGUAACCUGAAACCAUCUUCAUCUCAAGGACCGUGACCUUCUCUUGCUCACCACACACAAUCACGACACUGCUAUACCGUUGCUAAAUCAAAGAUUAGUUAAGACCGUCUCCAAAAUCCAAGAUAGAUUCACCGGGUUCAACCCUCUCAAACUGUCGCAGAACCACUCCAAACAGGCUGAGGAACAGCCACCACAUCACAGGAGAACCACAAAGCUUGAAACCUUACUUUGAUCAGAGACGCAGACGGAGACCGGACACAGGUGAACCCUUGAACACCACCGAAAUAACCGCUCCACGCCCAUAGAUCUACCAAAGUUUCAACAGAUCUGAAAACCAAAAGCUCAUCAAACUGAUCUGAAGCGAAAAUGGACAAAGCAAACAACUUUAAAGGGAGGAGAAGAAAGGAUCCGUGAGCAAACAUGAAAAAACAAACGAUUUUAAUACUAACUCCGGCGACCGCGAGAUGCGGCGGCCACCGGCUUAGGGUUUCACACAGAUCUGGUUUCUCUCUCUUAAACGCUCUCUCAACAAUAUUAAGCUGAUAUAAACUUGCAUUUUUUCUAUAUAUACUUUUUUUUUUUUGAACAUCAUUUUUCUAUAUAUACUAAGUUACCAACUAUGGUGUACCCAAGUAUACAAGACAAAAUGAAUGUACGUAUGACAAAAUCUUAAAAUUGAAAUAAAGUAUUAAAUCAAUUAUGAAAGGUCUCUCUCUCUGCCUCACAGCCUUGCACUGUGGAAAAAAGUCAUGCAAACAAAAUGUCAUGUUACAGGUUUAAUAUCAAGUAUGUCACAACAUUUGAUCUAUUUGUAAAUGUCCACAGAAGCUAGGAGUAUGCCCCAAAUUUUAGCAAAAAUGUAGCUAGGAGUACGCCUUGGCUCAUAUUCACCAUCACGGCCACUCAUGGCAUUUCAUUCUGAUGUUUCGUUGUGGACACCUUACACAAUUUCAUUUAUCAACGGAUACUACACGUAAGGUGUAAGACUUACAACUUAACUGUUUUACCAAAAGAAAGGUCUAACUUAAACACACAUCUAUAUGUUGCUAAAAUUAUAUUUGCGACAUCUUCAGUUUUAAAUUAUAUUAUCUUCAUUCCACUACAUAUAUAAUUUUCAUGCAUUUUCAAAAGAACUCUAAAAUAGAAUAUAUUUUAGUUCUCUAAUCAGUAAACAGAAUAAAGUAUUAAAGAACAUAAAAAUCUGAUUUAAGGAUAUAAAUCGAUACUGUGAAUUAUAAUAUAAAAAUGUAACUACCGUUAGAGAGAGGAAGUGGUGUUUGAAUGGUGGAUUUCCUAAGAAAAAUAGUUUAAAUCCAAAUAGAAGUUGACCAGUUUAUACUAAGAGGAUGAUUUGUGAGUUGUAGAUGUAAAUUAUUUGUGGUAGAAUUUGGGACAGACAUAUUCGUUGUAGUUUUAUGUGUUGUAGAUGUAAAAAUAAAUGAAAAGAGAAGGUAGAAAGAACAAAACGUAUACAACUAUUUUUGUUUCAUAAGUAAAAUUUUCGUAAAAAGGUUUCUACCACCAUUUUUUUGUUUUAUCUUCGAAAAUAAUAUACAACAUGGUUAACAGUUUUAACAAUCAUAGACAAAAGUUGAAGUAGUAAAUGUCUUCUACACCCAAUUCGACCAUCUAAAUAUUAUUUUACCAAACAAGAAACAUCUAAAUAUUUAUCAUAAUGAUUGAUUUUUUUUAACAUAUUCAUAUAUCUAUUUAAUCAUGAUAACAAGUUAACAACUGUAUAUACUUUAGAUGACAUAAAUGUCUACUUCACUUGCAGUAUCUAACAAUCAUUCUAAAUUUUGGCACAAAAUUUCUGAAUUGAAGUUCUCAUAAUUAAUCAAAUCAACUAACACAAUAAUAUGAAGUUGAAAAAGCAUAUAAACACAUUAAGUUACACAGUUAAACUAACUAAUGAGUGACAUAUGCUGAUAACAACCAUUAAUUUCGUUGGGUAGAAAAAAAGCAUAUAAAGCUAGUCAAAUACCAUCUACCUUAUAUAAAAAUUAAAUAAAAUGAGCAUAGUUGCUAAUUCGCUAUUAAACAACGGUCAAAAUCUCAAAAAAUCAAAGUAAAAAAAAAAAUCAUUUCCCUUUCAACAAAAUAAUAAACUAUUCCGAUUUCACACUUUUGAUACGAAGGAUUCAAACCUAUAACCGCAAAGUCAAAGCAAUGGCGUGUUGACUAAAUAUUACAAAACAAGCUUAAAGCCGUUGACCACUUCAAUGCCUUCGCUCCUCUUCUUCUUCUCCACUCGCCACAAUCUUUUGAACUUUCUUCCUCUGUCUCUCUCUCCUCUAUGGCGUUCAACAUCUCACGUCUCGACGCUCAAUCCGCCGCCGAGAAAGCAGUAUCCGUGAUCGGACUAGGCUACGAUCUCUCCUCUGACGUCCGUCUCUCCGCUUGUAAGUCCACACCCGGCGGGUCAAGACUCGUCGAAAUCGACCCGAACCGGAACCGAGACCUGGUUUUCCCGGGUGGGGUCGUCGUCAGUAACGUCUCGAGCUCGAUUAAGUGUGAUAAAGGCGAACGCACUCGUUUCCGCUCCGACAUACUCUCUUUUAACCAGAUGUCGGAGAAGUUCAAUCAGGGCAUGUCUCUUUCGGGCAAGAUCCCGUCUGGGAUGUUCAAUACCAUGUUUGAACUGAAAGAAGGUUGGCAGAAAGAUGCGAGCUCGGUGAAGACGCUUUCUUAUGAUGGAUGGUUUAUUAGCUUGUACAGUGUAGAGCUCGUUAGGUCGCAGGUGACGCUGCGUGAUGAAGUGAAGCGUGAGGUUCCUUCUUCUUGGGACUCUGUUGCACUUGCUGGGUUUAUUGAGAAGUAUGGUACUCAUGUAGUUGUUGGUGUGACUAUGGGAGGUAAAGAUGUGGUUCAUAUGAAGCAGCUGCGUAAUUCGAAUCAUGAGCCUGGUGAGGUCCAGAAGCUGUUGAAGCAGUUGGGUGAUAAGAGAUUUGCAGUUGAUAGUGUCUCUCCUGCUGAUGCUUACUCCGGAACCCCAAAGGAGGAGAGUCCUAACCAGUGGGGGUUUCCUGGACAGUUUGGUUCCUCGGUUAGUCGUCCUGUGAUCUUUCGCUCUAAAAACGAGGAUAUAGUGAGCAUUUGUAUAAGAAGAGGAGGUGUUGAUAUGGGGCAAAGUCAUGAUCGAUGGCUCUCAACAAUAUCACAAUCACCCAACGCUAUAUCCAUGUGCUUUGUUCCCAUAACUUCACUCUUGAGUGGUCUCCCAGGAACAGGGUUUCUUAGUCACGCUGUGAACUUAUAUCUUAGAUAUAAGCCACCGAUAGAAGAGUUGCAACAGUUUCUUGAGUUUCAGCUUCCACGCCAAUGGGCUCCGGUGUACGGAGACCUCCCCCUUGGACUACGCCGCAGAAAACAAAGCUCUCCGUCCUUACAGUUCUCUUUGAUGGGUCCAAAACUAUAUGUCAACACAUCAAAGGUUGAUUCCGGUGAGAGACCAGUAACGGGACUACGUUUAUUCCUUGAGGGGAAGAAAGGAGAUCAUCUAGCAAUCCACUUGCAACACCUCUCUACGUGUCCUCCAAGUCUCCACCUCUCACACGACGACACUUAUGAACCCAUCGAUGAACCAUCAGAGAAAGGCUUUUAUGAAGCUGUGAAAUGGGGAAUCUUCUCACACGUUUGCACUUUCCCGGUUCAGUACAAUGGAGCACGGUCGGAUGAAGCUGCUUCCAUUGUAACCAAAGCAUGGUUAGAAGUUAAAGGAAUAGGGAUGAGGAAAGUUCUGUUCCUGAGGCUUGGUUUCUCUUUAGUUGCUUCAGCUGUUACACGUAAAUCAACAUGGGAUAAUCUCUUGUCAAUCUCAAGAAAAUCUGGUGUUUUCUCCAUGAUUAGUACGAGGCUAAGCACGGGGUUAGGUCCAAACCAGGCAACGGCGAAGCCAGUGUCUAAGAUCGAUAUAAACUCGGCUGUUUAUCCUAAAGGGCCAUCGCCUCCUGUGAAACCGAAGCUGCUGAGUCUUGUGGAUAUGAAGGAGGUGGGGAGAGGUCCGGAAGUACCACCUGGGUAUUGGGUUGUGACUGGUGCUAAGCUUUGUAUUGAGGCAGGGAAGAUCUCAAUCAAAGCUAAGUAUUCACUGCUCACUGUUAAGUCUGAAGAUUCGCUGGUCUAAGGACAGGGGAACACAAGUUAGUGCUUCGUGUUGGAUUUUUGCAGGUUUUCAGUUUGUGGAUUAGGUUAUGUGGUUAUCUCAUCAGGUGUUGUUUGGGUUUGUGAAAAGAUUUAUUCAAUCUGUUGAUGUAAAUGUAUAUCAUUGUUAUGUAUAUUUGUUGAAUUCACUAUUUUACAUGAAUAUUAUUUGUUUUGUGGUUCUC